CUCAAUAUUCGAAAGAGUAAAAACAUGUUUAAAUAAAAAAGAAAAAAGAAAAAUAAAAUAAAUAAUGUGAUAAAAAAGAAAGAAAAAGAAAAUACAAAAUCCACAUGUGAGUUUGUAUCGUAAUGAUGUACUUGGUUGCUCAAUUCAUAUUCGAUUCAGGCGCCGGCGCGUCCUAUUGGUCAAUGGUCAGUACACACACAUUACAGUACUUGGUUGCUGCACUGUCUCUCAUCUGCUUCGCAUUUGCAAUCGCAGGUUCAUAAACUUACUUCCAUUACCCUCUCUUACUUUUCACUUUCCACCAUGAAGUUCCUUAAACUCUUCAAUUCCAAACCCUUCAAACGCCCAACUCUCAAUUCCCUCUCCCAUUCUCAUUCUUCACUCUCCCAACCCCUAACACCUUCCACACCCCUCACCGAAUCCACACUCCUCCAUUCCAUUGAAUCUUCUCAGUGGCAUUUCAUCGAACACGUUGCUCCACACCUCACUCCCUCCCUCCUCUCCUCCACUCUCACCUCCCUCCGCCACAACCCCCAACACGUCCUCCACCUCCUUUCCCAUCUCCCCAAUUCCCUCGACCUUGCCGCCUCUUCCCUCGCCGUUACCAUCCUCUGCCGCCUCCCCUCUCCCAAACCCUCCCUUCACCUCUUAAAACGCCUCAUUCUCUCCGCCACCACCAGAGCCGUUUUCGAUGAGUUGGCGCUCGCCCGCCACCGCCUCGACGCCAAGACUACUCUCGUCUUUGACCUCCUUGUUAGGGCCUACUGUGAACUCAAGAAGCCCAAUGAGGCUCUGGAGUGCUUCUACUUCAUGAAGGAAAAGGAUGUUGUGCCCAACAUUGAGACUUGCAACCAGAUGUUGAGCCUGUUCUUGAAAUUGAACAGGACUCACAUGGCUUGGGCUCUCUAUGCGGAGAUGUUCAGGAUGAACAUCAGGUCAAGUGGCUACACUUUUAACAUCAUGGUUAAUGUGUUGUGUAAAGAAGGGAAAUUGAAGAAGGCAAAGGAGUUCAUUGGCCACAUGGAGGCUCUUGGAGUGAAGCCUAAUGUUGUUACCUAUAACACUGUUAUUCAAGGGUAUUGUUUGAGAGGCAAGUUCCAAGGGGCUCGUGCGAUCUUUCAGAUAAUGAAAGAUAAAGGUCUUGAGCCCGAUUGCUACACGUAUAAUUCGUUCAUUUCUAGGUUGUGUAAAGAAGGAAGGCUUGAGGAGGCGUCUGGUUUGCUUUGUAAAAUGUUGGAAAUCGGCUUGGUUCCGAAUGCGGUAACAUAUAAUGCAUUGAUUGAUGGGUACUGCAACAAAGGGGAUCUGGAUAAGGCUUUUGCUUACAGGGAUGAGAUGAUGAGUAAAGGCAUAAUGCCAUCUCUGGUCACCUACAAUUUGUUUAUCCAUGCAUUAUUUAUGGAAAGAAGGAUGGGGGAAGCUGAUAAUUUGAUAAAAGAAAUGCGAGAAAAAGGGAUGAUGCCUGAUGCUGUUACGCAUAACAUAUUGAUUAAUGGAUAUUGCAGAUGUGGGGAUGCGAAGAAGGCGUUCAGCCUUUUCGAUGAAAUGGUGGGAAAAGGGAUUCAGCCAACACUCGUCACAUAUACAUCGCUUAUAUAUGUUCUGGGUAAGAGGAACAGAAUGAAAGAGGCAGAUGCCUUGUUUAGUAAGAUUCGGCAAGAAGGUCUGUUGCCGGAUAUUAUAAUGUUUAAUGCGUUGAUAGAUGGUCACUGUGCGAAUGGUAAUAUUGAUCAUGCUUUUCAACUCUUAAAAGAGAUGGAUAAAAUGAAGGUUCUUCCUGAUGAAAUCACUUACAACACCUUGAUGCAAGGAUACUGCAGAGAGGGGAAAGUGGAAGAAGCUCGGAAGCUUCUUGAUGAGAUGAAGAGAAGGGGGAUCAAACCUGAUCAUGUUAGUUACAACACACUCAUUAGUGGUUACAGUAAAAGGGGUGAUAUGAAGGAUGCUUUUAGAGUUCGGGAUGAGAUGAUGAAUAUAGGAUUUGAUCCUACGAUUCUCACUUACAAUGCUCUUAUACAAGGCUUGUGCAAAAACCGGGAAGGUGAGCAAGCUGAAGAGCUCCUCAAAGAAAUGGUAAGUAAAGGCAUCACUCCUGAUGACAGCACCUACCUAUCUAUAAUUGGGGCGAUGGACAAAGUUGAUGACCUGGAGGAAAAUGAUGAUAAAUAAAUUGAAAUAGAAUGGACGAAUGGCUGUAAUAGAAGAAAAUAGUUUAUUCAGGGACCUGUGUGGAAACUUCAAUAUUAGAAGUUAUCACACAAGCAUCUCAGCAUUCCUUAAUCUACAAGCUGCAUCACUGAGCAAACAUGUGCCUGUGUAUGAAGUACAAGUUAAUGGGGUUUCUGAAAAACUUCAAAUUUUCCGUAGCUCAUUGCUUUUGU